AAUGAGCUAGCUAGUCAACGAAGCGGCGAGCUGGUUCAACAAUGGCACUCAACAAAAACAUAAGAAGUCCCAAGAACACACCCUGAAGUUGUGUUUGAACUAUACGCAUGUGUGACUUUGUCGUCCAGAGAAGCCGCCGCCCGAGUUCAGCAUUUCCAAUUUAUGGACCUGUUCAAAGAGGAACGGCCAUUUCCAACAGGGACACUGAGAGGAUGGAAAACCGACAGCCUAAUCGAUCGACAGAGCUCCGCUUUCUUAAGCGUCUCUAACCAGAACACGAUGAAGUGUCGCUGUAUUUGUACGCCCAAUCGAGAGGCGAAAAACAAGAUGGGAUGGGGACUGGCUGUUUUAUCGAUUCGGCAGGCAGACUGGGCCGAGGUUGACCUCAUAAGACGGGCCGUCCGGGUCGAGUAAAGCCCCCACUGAACAAGAAAUGCGUGACCAUCUGAAGGAAAAGAGAAAACAUGGAUG